AUUAUUGCCCUGCUUCCUCUGUUUAUAUAUCUCUUCCUUCUCCAUGCUUUUCCUCUCAAUUUCAUUUCAUCACACACAGAAGAGAGAAAGGCACCAUAACCUAAUUUCAUUCUCUUUCUUCUUCUUCUUCCUUUCUGGGUGUUGUUCUUGUUUGGGUUUUGUUUGAUUUGUAGAGCUUUCAAUUUAACAAAUUUAAAAAAGAAAGAAGAAACAAAGAGAGAACAGAGAGAGAGAGAGAAAGAGAGGAGGAAGAAGAGGAAGAAGAACGAAGAACGAAGCAGAAGAGUUUUUUUUUAUUUUUUUUAUUUUUUUUAUUUCCAUGUCUUCUGAUCUGUUCAUUCAUGGCGAUUCAUCAUCUUCUUCUUCUCUGUUUCGUUGCUCCUCUUCCGAUUUGGUUUUCCCGUCUGAUGCAGACCUUCAAUUCUUCUCCGAUCCUUAUUCCCCUAAUUUCUCAGAUUCCGCCAUUGAUAUUCUUAAUUCCAUUCCUUCUCAAUCUCAACAAGAAAACCCACUCCCCGAUGAAUUCAAUUCAAAUAACUCCAUUUCCAUCGACAAUUUCAUCCCGAUGCAAGGUUUAUCUCUCUCUCAUCCCACCCCCGAUUUCCAUCUCCUCCCUAAUCCAUCUCCUUCUUCCUCAAAUGGGUUCCAAAAUCUCACCAAUUUCGACGUCAAAAACGAAGAAUCCCUUCUAGGUUUCAACAACCCACCUCUCUGCAGUUUGGACCCCCCUGAAAAUGUUGAUAAAUCCUUACUCCUCCACAGAAGCUUCAGUGAAAAACCCAACUUCCAAACCCGACUUGAAACUUUUCUAAUGGAAUCCCAAAAAUUCCCUAAUAAUCAUCACUCUCUCCCUUGCCCCGAAUCCGACUUUUUCUCCUCACAAAUCAGACGCGUCUUCAGUACCGGCGAUUUACAGCAGAAUUCGGGGAAUGGAAGGUCGUCGUUAAUGGAGGAAGGGAAUUUCAAAGUGGGAAGAUACAGUGCAGAGGAGAGAAAAGAGAGGAUAUUGAAAUACAGAGCAAAGAGAACACAGAGGAAUUUCAACAAGACAAUAAAGUAUGCAUGUCGGAAAACGCUAGCCGACAACCGGCCGAGAAUACGUGGCAGAUUUGCACGCAAUGACGAACCUGGAGAGAUUCCCAAAGCUGCAUGUUCAACCAGGGAAGAAGACGAAGAUGAUUUCUGGAUUGAAGGGUUGCAUGGAAGUGAAGAGGAAGGAACAAUAAGAUCAGGGAAACAAUAUGGUGAAAUGUACGGACGAAUGCAAUUUCAAUAUUGUGGAUUUUGAAUCAACUACAACAACAAGAAGAUGAUGAUGAAAGAAAAAAAUAUUAUAUAUUUAUAUUUUUUUCUUUUUCUUUUUUUUUUUUAAGUGAAGAGAAAAGGAAAAAGAAAAAGAAAAAGAAAAAGAGAAGAAUUUGAGAACUUGACCAAAAGGCCCUUUAUUCACAAAGAAAGAAAAAAGGGGGGUUUUUUCUUUGUGUCUAAAAUAAGAAUUAUUGAAGUUUUUUUUUUUAACUGAGUUGGGAGUAGUGGUGUAGGGGAAAUUAGUAGAGAAUAGUUUCUUGUUUUUUUUUUUUUUUUUGAAUAUCAAUAUUUCUGACUCUUUUUCUGUAAAUAGUAAUGAAUUUCAAAUAAUAAAGCUAAUUUUAAAUCAAAUUUUAUAUUCCGUGGGGAUUUUAUAUUUUUGUUUUAAUUACCUUUUUUCUUUUCUAUUGAUUUAUUUAUCUUAAUUAAAUGGUUCGAUUUUAUUGUUACUGUGUUUGUUUCCCGAGAAAGUGAAAGGAGGAUUUGGAUGCACAUUUUAAAAAGUUCAA